UGUGUGUGUGUGUGUGUGUCUGUGUGUGUCUGUGUGUAUGUGUGUGCAUAUGUGGUUUAUGGAGACAUUUCGUGUGAAUACACGCCACACUAUGGGGACAUCUUGUAUUAACAGGACAGGGUCAGAGUCCUCAUAAUUCAGACAAUGUAGAAGUGUUUCUAUAGGCAUAGAAAGCUAGAAUUCAAAAUUUCAGCAAAUUUCAGCAAAAGUCUCCAUAGUUCACAUAUAUCUGAAUUUGUGUAUAAGCUGUGUAUCGACACAGCGCCCCUGUAGGUUGGUCUUGGUAUUGCACCCCCUCAUUAAUAAUUCACACAAUGUGUAAAAUUCACAGCUUUUGAUUGGUUGUCAGCAGACGGUCCCCAUAAUAAUGUGUUUUAUCAGAAAAGAUGUGUAUUCUACAAUUACCAAUACAAUAUCAUGCUGAGCCAACACAUUGUCACCUGCACCUGCAUGUGUGAAGAGUGGAGAUGCAAGAGUGUUGAUGCAGCAAAAGAGGAUGACUCCUUAGGGAGACUUGUCAAUGACGACAAUAUAGAACCAAACAGCAGAAUGAGGACAAUCACUGUUGAAGGACAGCCUCAUUUCCGUUUGUUUGCUGUCAAGGACAUCAGGCCAGGGGAAGAGAUCACCUACAAUUAUGGAGACUCUAACCGGCCAUGGAGAUCAAAGGUACAGAAAGAAAUUUGUUACAGAGAUGAUUAGAUAGUUUGAGUGCAAAUCACUCUCUCUGCAAACU